GCCAUGGCUGUUCCGGUCGACUUUGAGAGCCUGCUGCGGGACGUGCACGCAGAACUGGUGCGCCGCGACCGCGUGCAAGCCGUGACCGAGCAGUUCGCGCGGCUACCGACGGACCUUGAGCGCGCGCGGCUCGUGCUGGCGCUGCCGGAGGCGCUGCCGCUGCGCCAGCUGCGCGGCUCCGACAGCAGCCGGCCGAAGUCGGCCGCCGACUCGGACGCGCUCCGUGCCGCUGGCAACACCUGCUUCGGCCGCGGCGAGUACGCCGCCGCGCUGCGCACAUACACGGAGGCGGCGAUGCGCGCACCGCCGGCGCCAGCGCCGCAACUCAGCCUCGCGCUCGCCAACCGGUCGGCGGCUUUCUUCCAGCUGGGCCAGUACGGGCCUUGUCAGGAAGACGUGGCGCGCGCGCUGGGCCACUUCUACCCGGCCGAACUGCGCUACAAGCUGCAGGAGCGGCUGGCUCUGCCAGCGCCAUCCUACGGCCGCAGCCAGACGCUGCCGGCCGCCUCGGCCGCCGUUGAGCUCGCCAGCUCACCGGACAGGGGUAGGAUGCUGGUCGCCAACAGAGAUCUGCAGCCAGGCGACGUGGUCAUCGUAGAGCGGGCCCUGUGUUGGACGGCGCUGCCGGAGGCCUGGUCCUCGCACUGCUACCACUGCUGUCGCCGGCUAGAGGCGGGGGAGCCCUGCCCCGCCUGCUGCUCGGUGCUGUUCUGCUCUGAGUGGUGCCGGGCGGCGGCAGCGCCGCUCCACCGGCUCGAAUGCGGCCUGCUGAACCAGCUGGUGGCGCUGGACGUCGGCCCGAUGGCGCUGCUGGCACUCCGGCUCGUCUCGGAGCUCAGGCUGGCCGCCGGCGGCGGCGGCGACGGCGCGGAGGGUGCGUCGCCUUCGCCGCCCGCCGCCGGCCUGGUGGGCCACACGGAGCGCCGCUCGGUGGCCGACCUGUUCCGCAGGACAGCCACGGCCGUCUGUCUGGCGGAACUGCUGCACCACACAAACCUGGCCGGAAGUCAGGAGACGGACGGGUCUCGGGAGACGCUGCCGGAGACGAACCGAGCGCAGGACAUGACGGGAAAGAUCGGCAUACCACUGGUGCUGCCGCCGAAGGAGAACGGAUCGCAAGAGACAAAGGCAAACGGAUGUAACGUGAUGUCACCGGAGAAAAUUGAAUCGCAAGAGAUGUCCCCCCAGACAAAAGGAUCACACGAUACAUUGCCAAGGUGCCUAAGGGGUAAAGGGAAGGCGCUACCGAAGACAACUGGCUCGCAAGACACGUUGCCGGAGACAAACGGCUCACCAGAGACGCCACCAAAGAUAAACGGCUCACCGGGGACGCCACCGGAGGCGAGCGACUCACAGGCGGCACCACCGGAGACAAACGGCUCACCGGAGACGCCACCGGAGACGAACGGUUCACAGGGUUCGCCACCGGAGACGAACGGCUCAAAGGGUUCGCCACCGGAUACGGGCGGCUCACCGGAGACGCCACCGGAGACGAACGGCCCGCAGGGUUCGCCACCGGGGACGGGCGGCUCACCGGAGACGCCACCGGAGACGAACGACUUACGGGAUACGUCCCCUGCAGCACCCGGAGAUGGUGAGACGGCGGCGCUUGAGGAGACGGCAGCGGUCCUGCUGCACUACCUGCAGUCGCUUCCCUGCAACGCGCAUGAGGUGUCGGAGCAGGUGCGCUGCGGGUCAGACUCGGAGCUGCGCGAGGUGGGCGCCGCUGUCUAUCCCACCGUCAGCCUGCUGAACCACUCGUGCGACCCGAACGUGUUGCGCGUCAGUCACGGCACGAGCUGCGUGGUGCACGUGAUCCGGCCGGUGCCCGCUGGCCACGAGCUGCUCGACAACUACGGCUAUCACUGGGCCGUGCAGGACUGGACGGAGCGGCAGGAGGCGUUGCGGAAGCAAUACCACUUCGCCUGCCACUGCCGGGCCUGCACCGAGGAUUGGGCGCCGCACAACGAGCUGCCCGAGCGCGAGUUCUUCCGCUGUGAGCUCUGCGACGCGCCGCCCCUCUACUGCUACCACGAGAAGAACAAGGUGGUCGUGGAGGAGUUCAAUAGGUCGAGGAAGGCCUAUCUGCAGGCUUUGGGACAGCUGAAGCAGGACGGGACGCCCAUGGACGUGCAGCCGCUGAUCAGACACCUGGUCGUCAUGGACCGGGUCCUGGCCAGGCCGUCGCGCGAUUUCAACAAGUGUCAAGAGGCCAUCAAGCUCUGUUUCUUUUCUCAGGGUAACUGCUACCACGAGUCCGAACAAGCCGAGAAGAAGUCAGAGUCCGCAACCAGUGCACGAGAACCGCGUAACUGCAUAGAGAGGCUUUACGGAAAGAACGUAAGCAUUUCCUGCCUGUGAUUUUCAUCUCCCUUGAAGCACUAUUUUCCACGACUUUGGGAUCUUCCACAAAAAAACGUGGCGAUGGAUCGUGCUGCUCGGGUGUGUUUCAUAAUGCCUCUGGUGAGAACUCAGUUGAGAGCUGAGAAUCUCGGAUCUCCAAGGUAUUCAACCGAGGUAACAGCGAAAAUUUUCCGAAACAGGUGGCUACAGCAAACAUCGUUGAACAAUUGGCAUUGGUAGUGUUGCUCGUUAUGAAAUACUUUUGUCUACAACUCACGUGGUCCGCCAUUGACUGCUUAUUUAUGUAUUGUGUUGUGAUUUUUAGUCAAUGGAUUAAUAUAACGGUAGACGCCCUGGCAAAACCACACCGGAUGAUGCCGAGGCGCACUACCAUGGAAUGUGAUCGGAGUAUCAUUUUACUUGAGGAUACUGCGCGUGGAUGUAAGAGACAUUGAUACAAGGGACUAAAUAAACAGGCAAUA